GCUGGGAGCGGGGACGCGCUCGGGGGGCUGACGGUGCUGGGAGCGGGGACGCGCUCGGGGGGCUGACGGUGCUGGGAGCGAGGACGGACGGCGGUGCGGCCGGGUGUUAGUCUUGACAAUGACCAGUCUCGCUGGACGCUGGCCGGUCACCCAGUCCUGCAGAGUCUGCCGUGCUGGUGUUUGCUUGGAGUGACUUCGCCAGACUGGCAAAGACUAAUCGCCACUCAGCAAUCUAUCUUGAGCUCUUGUCAUGUCGGCUGGUAUAGCAAUUUCUGCUGUUCAGCCCUGUCGUGCAGGUCGUAAGGGGCACAGCCGAUACAGAGUUGGAGCAAAGGCCUCUUAUGUGGAUGAAACAUUAUUUGGUCAGUCUAGCAAGCUUCAGAAUUCAGUGGAUGAAUUUGAUCCACCAUGGGCUUCUACGUCCCGAUCUGGUUCUCAACAACCAUUAUUGUGGAGUCCAAGUGUAAGCACAAGGGCAGAAGGAGAUAUCAGCCAGGUUCCAGUCCCCCUCAAGUCUGGAGGUUCACCAAUGAAAAAGAACAAAUAUAGGUUAAAGUGCUGUAAACCCAGCUAUUGCGAUGAGUCUCUUUUUGGCCCAAGGCAAAAUGCUGCAAGCUGGGAGGCACCAUGGACUGCAAAGGAUGACAAAAUAAAGAUCCGUCCACUUCUGUGGUCUCCUUCGCUGCACAAAAUUAGUUCAAAUGUAUUUCAUUCCGGCAGCAACCAAUUACCAUCCGCCAAAAGAAAUCCAAUGAAACCAUUUUGUCCAACCACUAAGGAAACUUCUACUGACUUUACUACUGAAUAUAAAGGCAAAACUGAUUACUGGAAGCGGCCAGAUAGUAAUAAUGCCUCCCCUAAUGGAACCCCAUUUCGAAGAAGGUCACAGUCUUUGACUGAGGUGCACAGUUCUAUAAAAGAGACUGUGAAAGAAGAUUCAAUACAGAAUGGUCCCAGGAUUGUAAAACAGUUGCAGGGUAGACCAAUUUCAGUUUCUGCUGGAUUCACGGGCUCACGGCAUUGCCUUAGACCAAGGUCAGAUAGUUUGUCAAAUUCUGCUGCAGCCAAUCGACUCAAGCCAAGUUCUGCCAAAUUGAACCCACCCUGGAAAUACUAAGGCUGUUUUGCUUUUGGAAGCUGGAGCAGAUGUUUUUAAGCUGCUUUGGAGUUGGAAGGGAACUAUAUUUUCAGAUCCUUAAAAUCCAAGAAAAUACCGAGUAUCGACUUAAAUCCAAACCAAAACAAAUUCAAAAAAUUUCUUAAUAAUGGAAAGCUAGGAGUUGUUGCCUUAGUGUGUAAGUUAAACAGAUGGUGCUCACCAAAACUACUCUUCAUAACUAAGAGCAGCUUCGGCUUUCUUGUGCACGUAAAUAUGAAAGUCGAAGUCUGACUAGUUCACAGUAUUCUAUAUAUGAAUUAAUUUCCAACCAACCUCUGGGAGAAAAAUUCCUUCCCUUUAAACAGGGAAAAAGAUGCCAAGUGGAGUCUGAUUGAGCAAGAUUACUUCGGAAGGAAAAGUGAGCAACAUAAAGGGAUCUCGCAUUUGCGAAGUAAAGCUAAUGAUAUAGGUAUGGGUGAUAAUAAAGCUUUAAAAAUGCAUAAAUUCUUUUAGGAGGUUGCUAUAUAAAAGUAGAAAAUUCAUACAAGACAGUGGUGGGUUCAUGUCUAGAGUACUGUGAACUGAAGGCAGUUAUGAGGAGGUUCACCAGGAGUCUAGAACCACAAGGCACGCCCUCAGAAUAAAACAGCAUCCAUUUAAAACUUUGAUAAGGAUAGCUGUGUGUACUGCCCUAGAACGCUGUUGAAGCUAAAUUCUUGUGUAUAUUUAAAGCUGAGAUAGACUUGUAAUCAGUAAGAGAAUUAAGGAUUAUAGGGAAAGGGCAGAGGAGUAGGAAUGGGCUUGGAUCUUCUGGAGUGUUAGCCUAUUAAUGUUUGAUAUGAAGUUAACAUUUUUAAAAAGGUUUGACAAGACAGAUGUGGAGUGGAGGUUAUUCUAGCUGUGAUGUCUAAAAUCAGGUUUACACUAUCUAAAUAAGAUAUCAAAUAAUCAUUCUGAUACAGUUUUGCCUGAGCCCGUCCAGAGUUGUGUUAAAAAAUCUAGACAUGUUAGAAGAACAUACCAACUGUGCCCAUAUGAUGGAUUUUCAUUGUGGAAUGUCCUGUCAAAUCCCAGGUUGCACUGGUACACUUAGAGCAGAUUCCAGUCUGCAAGUUCUGGAUGGAAAAACUCCAAAGCCAAAUUAAAUCUUAACAUUUUACCAUAAUGCAGUGUAGGGUAAGUGCUGUCCAGCAGUCAUACCGUGGGGAACUAAGACUGGUUGGGAUUGUCCUAAAUAAAGAGACAAGCCCUUGCUUAAUUUUCUUAGCAUAUCAAUUUAUAGUUAUGUUUUUUCAAAGGUUCUUCUGCCUAUGAGAAAAGUAUUAGUCUCUGGUGCAGAACAGAGCUUAUAAUUAAAGCUGAGACUUCAUCACAGUUCUGAAGGAAAAACUGCAUUUUCAGUGAUGAAUUACUUUAAAAAAGACAUUAAAGCCAAGGUCUUGUGCAAAUAAGAAUGGUGUGUAAUUCUUGUGGUUGAUAUUUAUCAGAGUACUGUUGAAGGGCCUUAUUGCAUAUAUUUGCUAAGUUUUCUUGGUUCAUUAAUUACACAUUUUGGAAGAUUGACACAAGGAAAAAGUUAAAGUUCAAAGUUAAAUUGUAACUUUAUUCUUUUAAAUCAUAUUCAAUGUUUGUAGCCUACCUGUACUUUUUAUAAUGGAGCUACAAUAUAAUGUUACCUUUUACUACUAUUCAAGUAUUUGUAAUUAUUAAUUUUUUGCUAUUUGCCUAUUUUAAUCAAAUGGAAUUCAUACUUGUGCUCAAUGUCAUAUAUAUGAUUAAGAAUUAAAUUUCUCAUCAUGAGCUAGUGACAGAAGUAAUCUAACAUAUUAACACAAUAAACUG